AUGCGAGUGGGCUUAGAAUUUGCUGGAGGCGCGGAACUUCUUUUCGGGGGUAAAAAAGACCAGGAAGCUAAUUUACCGCAUGAAGUUAAAACUAUCAAAGAUCUUCUUCCUUGGCUUAAAAAUAAAAUGUUGACUGAGCGCCCUGAAUUGUUUAUGUCUAAUGAAACCAUUCGUCCGGGAAUAUUGGUUCUUGUAAAUGACGCUGAUUGGUCACUUUAUGGAGCAGAGGAAUAUGAAAUUCAAGAAGGAGAUAGAAUUUCUUUUAUUUCGACGCUUCAUGGAGGUUGA